AUGUGGAACGACAACGAGCGAUACGAGCGCAGGAGCAGUGGUGGUGGUGGUGGUGGUGGUGGUGGCGGCGGUGGAAUCAUCAGCCGCCUGUUCGGGUCGAAACGCAGGUCACUCCCAGCCCUGGAGGAGCUGGACGAGAAGCAGCUUGCUGAGGAUCUGAGGCGGCAUGUGUGGGCGGUGGCCAUCGCGGGGAACGAAAAUCCCAUGCCGGGAAUUUCCAUCCCAGCGAUAUUCCGCUGA